GCCCCGGGGCCACAGGGAUGGCGGCGGGCGCGGUACUGCUGAGCGGCUCCAACCGCGGUAUCGGGCUGGGGCUGGUGAAGCGGCUCCUGCGGACACCGCCAACCCCCGCCUGGAUCUUCGCGACCUGCCGGGACCCCGCGGCGCCGCGGGCCCAGGAGCUGAGAGAUCUGGCAUCCAAACACCCAAAACUGGUUAUUGUGAAGCUGGAUGUUGCAGAUCCCUCCACCAUUACAAAGGCAGUGAAGAUCGUGGAGGAGAAGCUGAAUGGCGCAGGCUUGAACCUGCUGAUAAACAAUGCUGGCAUCUACAACCUGGAGGCAUCGCUGGAGACAGUGGAUGCUGAGGAGAUGAUAAGAACAUACAAGACCAAUGCAGUGGGGCCACUGCUCAUGGCCCAGGCAUUCCUGCCCCUGCUGAAGAAAGCUGCCCGGAAGAGCACAGACAAGGGGCUGAGCUGCAGCAGGGCAGCCAUCAUCAACAUCUCUUCUGUGCUGGGGUCCAUUGAGAAAACUCCUCAGUGCUUCUUCAAGCCUGUCAUCUCCUACCGCUGCAGCAAGGCUGCCCUCAACAUGCUCACCAGGUGCCAGGCUCUGACCUACAGGGAAGCCGGGAUCCUCUGCGUGGCGCUUCACCCUGGCUGGGUGAAAACCGACAUGGGUGGCCAGGAGGCUGACCUGACGGUGGACACAAGUGUGCAAGGACUGCUGUCUCUACUGCCGAUCCUCUCUGAGAAACACCACGGGACUCUGCUCAGCUGGGAAGGUAAAGCUAUUCCUUGGUGACCACUCUGUCCCUGUGAGGGACCCUGCAGUGGGGACUCCCUGAGUGCCCUGGAGCACCUGCAUGCUCAGCUCUCCAUGACCUUAAAGGGAUCUUCACCAGGCAUGCAGGGCAGCCUGUGACCCUGCCUUUACUCUGCCAAUAAAGUUAAUCAGUCCCUGUGCCUUCCCCUA